AUGCGCGCUCGCAUUCGCGUCUUGCCCGAGACCACAACCAGCUUGAACACCGCCACGACACUUCAUAUUGAGAUGGAAAUCGAUAUGCGCUCCUCGUCCUUCCUCUCACCACGACCCAUGAAACGCUCGCGCUCUCCAGACGGCGACGACGAGGCGCUAGGCGCGCCAUCAGCAAAGAAGCGCCUAUCUCUCGCGACGGCAAACAGCAACGAUAUGUUUAGCAUGCCGAUGGGAGUGAACAUGUUCGCGUUCCAGCAGCCCCAGAGCUCGUCGCCGGGCAUGGCACCGCCUGGUCCGAGCAUGGACGAGCACUGGGUGGUGCAGACACGAAGGAUAUCUAUCUCACGCCAGACGCCUCCAGAGGACGAUAUGAUGAACACGGACCCAGAACCCAUGCAACCACAACCAGCACAAACGCAGACGCCCGGCAUGCAACAACAACAACAAUUCCCACAAGCACAAUAUCCGACAGCACCCGAUAUUCAAGUCAUGGGCGCACCCUCAUACCCUACACCUGCUCCCAGUCCCGGUCCCAUCACUCUGCCGCCUCUGCCGCUGAACCCGUUUCUGCGAGCGGAACAUACCUCUGCCCACACUCCGCCCAUCCAGUCUCUGAUGCUUCCUCAACAAAUACCCCAACAACAACGACCACGUUUCAGCAUGGGCCCUCGCCCGAACUGCGAUCUCUGCCGGCGGCGCGUCGAAGGUCAUUACGCGCACGUCGACUAG